AUGCUCUAUUUUCUUCACUUCUGCAGGGAGCAACCAAUUUUUAGCACCAGAGCCCACAUUUUUCAGAUUGAUCCUGCCACCAAGAGGAACUGGAUCCCUGCCAGUAAGCACGCCUUGACAGUGUCCUAUUUCUAUGAUGCUACUCGCAAUGUCUAUCGGAUCAUCAGUGUGGGAGGCACCAAGGCCAUCAUCAAUAGCACCAUCACCCCCAACAUGACCUUCACAAAGACCUCGCAGAAGUUUGGCCAAUGGGCAGAUAGCAGAGCCAACACAGUGUAUGGGCUGGGCUUUCCUUCUGAACAGCAUCUCUCUCAGUUUGCAGCAAAAUUCCAAGAAGUAAAAGAAGCCGCUCGCCUGGCCAGAGAGAAAUCACAGGAUAAAACUGAACUAACCAGCCCCGCCCUCAGUUUGACUUCCCACCAAAUUCUGGCCAGCCCCAUCAUUAGUUCCAAUGGUCCCGGAGAUGACAAGCUGUUCCGGAGCCAGAGUGCUGACAUGGAGAUGACAACAGAAAGAGAGCGCAUUAAAAAGAUGUUCUCUGAAGGGUCUGUUUGCGAAGUCCAGUGGGAAGCCGAAUUUUUCACUCUGCAAGACAAUAACAACAAACUGGUGGCUGCGUUGCAUGAAGCUAAUGCCAGUGUGGAGCAAUGGAAGCAGCAGCUGGCGGCAUAUCAGGAGGAGACCGAAACGCUGCGCCAACGAGUGGCAGAGCUGGAAGCCCAGAGAGGCCAAAAUUCCUCAGGCGAUGUCAGGAAAGAGACCUGCCCGGCUUUAGAAGAGCUGGAACAGUUGGUGAAGGCCAAAGAUGAGGAGCUUCAACAACUGAGAAGCCAAAAGGGCCUUCAACAGCAACCGGAUGAUGAAUAUGAGGAAACCCGCCAAAAGGUGCAGGAGCUAGAGAGACAGAACGCAGAGCUGGAGCGGCGCUUGCAUCUGGCCGAACAGGCCCUCUCGGAGACCCUUUCCGAACGGGAGAAGAUGCACCAGGAGGUAGCUAAAUUGGCAGAGAUCAUGGACAUGAAAAUAUUUGAGCUGAGCGAGCUCAGACAAGACUUGGCUAAACUUGUGGAGAGCAACUGAAACCAGGAAACGCCGUAGAGGAAGAGCGCAACCCUCCUUUAACACCAGCCUGGCGGGCGUGGACGAUCGGUGUGGAUAAGAAGUGAAGACGGCUGGACUUGUCCAGCGGUUGCAUCCUUUCGCCUCUGGGUGGACAUCUUGGGAGAAGCGAGUCUAGAGGAGGUAGCGACUGGAGAGGACCUCCCAGCCAAUUUCUCCAGCCUUAUUGCCCUUUCGGAUGCUUCCAUUUCUAUAAACCGUGAUGUGUUUUUUGCCUAGCCU